AUGGUUGCAGACCGCGAGGCGCCGACAUUGGUCGUCACAAUUGUCUUCUUCGUGCUUGCUUCGGUAUUUGUUGCUCUUCGGUUUGUGUCCCGCUUGGGUGUUGUGCGCAAGGUUGUUUCGCAUGAUUACCUGAUUCUGUUGGCUUGGGUGAUUGACUUUGGCUUCGUGUUCGCCGUAUGCUAUGGAACUACAAAAGGUCUCGGAUUACACCAGAAAGAUGUCCCCUCUUCGUCGAAUAGGGCCUUGAAUACGAGUGAAUAUGUUGCGAACGUGCUCUAUAAUCCCGUCCUGAUGUCCUUGAAAACGUCGAUUCUCAUAUUCUACCUUUUCCUGUCAAAAACCAACAAAAUCUUCCGAUGGGCAAUUUUCGCAACAAUCUUCGUCGUCAACGCCGCCGGUGUCGCCUUGACAAUGGUUAACAUCUUUCAGUGCCGGCCCGUCAGCGCAGCGAUCUGGUUCCCUUCUGGUGGUAAUGCGAAAUGUUUCAGCAUAGUUACUAUAUACCUCUCGUCGGCACCUGUGAAUAUUAUAACAGACAUUGCGAUCUUCUUUCUGCCGAUCCCGAUUUUAACCCAGUUACGACUUCCGCAAAAGCAAAAAAUAAUAUUGAUAAUAACGUUUAGCUUCGGUUUCUUCACUGCGGUAGUCGAUGUCAUUCGAGUCGCAUACUUGCAGAGCGCGGCAACGUCAAAUGCGAUACAAGAGGCGGAUGGAACUGGGGACGGCGGCAACUCGAAAUAUCAUCAAGAUUUCUCAUGGUACGGAGCUUAUACUUUUAUGUGGUCUGCCAUCGAAAUCAAUGUCGGUAUCGUCUGUGCAUGCGUGCCAAGUUUGAAGCCGUUGGCCGCACGGCUACUCCCUAGGAUGAUCAAGGGUUCCACAGAAUCGUCCAAUGCACACCCUGGAAGUGCAGCAAGACCUAAUGUUGCCCGUGCCGAGACUGCUCCGUUGGCAAUACCUCACAUUCAGAACCCGCAGCCCACUCGUAUGGGACCGAGAGCUUAUACGGACCAAGGACUGGCAACCGCACCACUACCGCUCACUGCUCCAUCGGAAGAGCUUAUAGAGAUGUCCGAUUUUCUGGGUGGUCCUGGUCCCAGCCAGGAUACGGAGAGCAGUGCAGCGACAUAUCCCUCUCCCCCUCUGAAUGUGUCGACGUUCUUUGAUUUUGUCAACCUCAAGAAACCCAAGAGUAUGCUUGCUAUGAGUAACAAGGAAUCCAUACCGCCGGUGGCCUUAACAACAAUACUGUUUUUCCUGUGGGGAGUCGGUUACGGGUUCCUAGAUAUCUUGAACACUCAAUUCGCGCGCAUUACCGGAGUCAGUACGUGGGGUUCUUUGGGUCUUCACGCUGCGUAUUAUGGGGGCUAUCUCGUCAGCCCUCUUGCUGUAGGACAGUUUAUACUAAAAAGAUGGGGGUUCAAGGCGACUUUCAUUGCAGGACUAAUCAUUUAUGCCUGUGGUGCACUUAUCUUUUGGCCGUCCGCCGUCUUGAGCUCUUUCCCGCCAUUCGUUAUAUCAAAUUUCAUUGUGGGAUGUGGUUUUGGACUUCUCGAAACGGCAGCAAACCCGUUCAUAUCGCUAUGCGGACCGCAGGAGAACGCCGAGAUCCGUCUUAACCUUUCGCAAGCAGUACAAGCAACUGGUAGUAUUCUCUCGUCCGUUCUCGCAGAGAGAGUCCUUUUCAAAUCCGUCACAAGCGUAGCCCGCUUGGUCAAAUUCCAAUGGACGUAUCUUGCCAUAGCGUUCUUUGACUUGCUUCUGGCGGCAGCUUUCUACUAUCUACCAGUACCCGAGGCAACGGAUGAAGAUCUCCAGGAACUGGCUGAUCAAAGAACAGAUGACGUUUCUGCACAUGUUUCCGGUUUGUCUGUCAUUUGGGUAACGUUCGGAUUGGCAGCGUUUUCGCAAUUCUGGUAUGUCGCGAGUCAAGAAGUCCUGGUAACCAGCUUUACGAGCUACGUGCAGGCGCAACUUCCGAAUGCAAAUAGCAGUGGUCUCAUACCUUAUGACUAUUUACUGAUUGGUCGGGGUAUCUUUGCACUCGGGAGAUUCAUCACGGCGAUUACGAAUCUUUUCUUCAAACCGCGGUGGAUUCUGUUGGUAUUGUACAUUGGGCUAAUUGUGUUCGCCGUUCUUGCCAAGGAACUGCACGGCAUGGCCGGUGUGGUUAUCGGACUUAUGCUAUUUUUCUUUGAGAGCGGUGUUUUCAGCAUCACCUUCGCCAUCUCCCUUCGCGGCAUGGGAAGACAUACCAAAACAGCCAGUGCCAUCAUGGCCACAACAAUAUCCGGCGGUGCAUUCUAUCCUUUCUUCCAGGAAAUUGCACAAAUCAAUAACAACGGCAAUGUUUCGUCUUCCUAUGUGGUUUUGGCUGUGGGAUAUGCGGCUGCUGCUAUCUUCCCGUUGUACCUGAUGCUUGUCCCCCAGGCAAAGAAGCAGGUUGAUCCGGUGUUGAAUGAUUAUUUACGCCGUCGUCGACGAUCGACUCUCCGCGGUCAACCAUCCAGACGGAAAAAACAUGAUCUCGGAAAUAUCAACGAGAACGGCGAUGGUGAUAGCAACGAUAGUCCCCCAAAUACCAAGGGAGAACACUACUCUAAUGGAGGCGUUCUGUCACGACCACGCAGUUUGAUGGAUGAGUCUCCAUCGACUGUAGAUUUUGGUGACACUGCGCGCUCUGCGUCGGGAGUGAGUGUACAUGAUUUAGGUUAUGAGAGUAAUCAUGCAUGAUAUUCAAAAGCUUUGAGACAUAAUGUUCAAAAGUGAUUUGUGUGGUUUGUAUAUACCCAACUUCUCUCAUUAUCUUCUGACU